AUGGAAUUUCAUCUACUUUUAGGCUUUUACAAUAUGUCCAACAUUGCAAAACUCGAGUUUGCAGCACUUAAAGUUAGUAGGAAAAACUAUGUGCCAUGGAUGAUAGAUGUAAAAAUGCAUCUUAAGUCCAUGGGAAUAUCAAAUGCUAUAUAUGAAUUUAAUAAUUGCUUGGCACAAGACAAAGCAAAAGCACAAGUUUUCUUUCGUAAGCAUAUUGAUGAAAUGUUGAGAUUUGAAUAUCUUGAUGUUAUUGAUCCAAGUAUUCUCUGGAAUCUUUUGAAAGAAAGAUUUGAUCAUCAAAAGGAAGUUAUACUUCCAAAUGCUAUAGAUGAAUGGAGAACAUUGAGGUUUCAACACUUAAAGAAACAAAACAAUGAACUCUUGAUGAAAAACCAUGAAUCUUGUCCAAUGGGAUCAGUAGCACUUCCUGAAGCAAAUGCUACAAAUACUGAUGGUCAUCGAAACAAUACACGUGGACGAGGGCGUGGUCAUGGCCGUGGUCGAGGACGAGAUGUGGUAGCACAGGCAAUUCGUCAAGGACCUGUUGCAUACCUGCACAUCCUUGUCAACUUUAUCAAUAGUCCAUUAAAGGAAAAGAAAAAAGAAACAAACCUCGUUGAUAAAGUUGAAUUCACUCCGCUAACUUUUGAUGAUUUCCGCAAUGACAUGGAAGACAUAAACUAA